AUUACCCAAAAAGCAUCGCCUGGAUGCUUUCACUGCUAGUUUCUUCUCCUUCAAUCUUCUGUACAAACGGUCACUUCAUUUCUUUCGAUUCAAAUCUAGGGUCUUCUUCUUCUUUGCUGAUUUCUCUCUCUUAAUUCUUCUUUUUUUAUUUUAUUUUUUGAGUUAUUUGAUUCCACCUGUCGAUAUACACUCGGAUCCGAUCCAUUUUCUAUUCAUUUCCAUGAUUUUCACUUCACCGUACAGAAAAAUAUCUCACAACUUGCGUCUCUCUUUGUCGAAGCUUAAAAUGAGGGAAUGAUUUUGAUUUAGUAAAAGUUUGGUGCUUUUUGAUAAAUAAUUACAAGUUCGUUUCGUUCAAUAACGGAUUGAUUUCGAUUUUGACUUUGGGAGUUUUAGGUGUGGAUUAGGAAUCAGGGUUAGUCAUGUUCUAUGGUGCAGUGGUAUGGGAUCCAUGGCUAAUUGUUGCCCAAAUCGUCUGUCUUCAAUGCCUAUACUAUCUCACGCUUGGUUUAUUUUUAUCGAUUCUUGUUGGGACUCGCGUCUCUCGAUUGAGUCUCGUCUAUUUCUUUGAUUUUGUUGCUCUUACCACCUCUACCGUCACUGGUUGGUGCGUCAUCGCCUCCUUCCUUUUCAGCUCCAUUGCUGGAGCUGGAUUUAUGCUUUACUUGAUUGAGAGGGCAAAGAAGUGCCUAGAUUUUUCUGCAACCCUCUACAUCAUCCAUCUUUUUAUAUGUAUUAUAUAUGGAGGUUGGCCUUCGUCAAUAACAUGGUGGGUUGUGAAUGGUACUGGACUUGCAGUGAUGGCUUUGCUUGGUGAAUAUCUGUGUAUUAAACGUGAACUCCGAGAGAUUCCAAUCACACGACUCCGAUCAAAUGUUUGAUUGACAAGGAAAACUCGACAGGCAGGAUCAAACUUUUUCUGGGACCAAAGUUGCUACUUAUGGAAUGGUUUGGAAGAGCUCUUGGGUGAAACUUGUGAUAUAUCAUAUCCAAAUUGUGAUAGGAAGAAUUGUUUUAGUCUGCAGGUUCUAUUGCCUAUGCUGAAGGCAACGACAGAGAAUGGCCACCAGAAAAUGGAGAUGAUUCGUAAAUGAUUGGGAAAUGAAGCAUGCAAAACUAGGUAUGCAUUGUGUUGGGAAACUCUUAGUGUACAAUUGUAGGAAGUUUCUGGAAAGAUGAUGCUUGUUCUUCUUCUGAUACUAUUUUCUGGUUUAGUGCCUAUUUUAAUGACAUUUGGAUGAGUUUCCAUAUACGCCAAUGAAAUGAGAAAAUGUAGAUUCUCAUAUCUUUGAACUUCUCACAGGGCUGAUACACUGGAAUUGAUUUGUUUAAUCUGUAUUAUAGAUACAUGUUUUUAGCUACUCAACAUGGUAAGCAUAAGCUAGGAUUCCAAGCUUAUUUCUGGGUAAA